AUGACAGAGACAAUGGAAAACGUUUUCGACAAGUGCCAAUUGACACAAGAUGUAUCAGAUGAAGCACUGAAAGACACGAUCAUCCAGAAAGCUAGAGAUUUGCUUCCACGAUACAUGGAACCUGUUCCCCUCGAUUUCGCCAUCAAUAACUACAAGAACCUUAUAACGACCUCCUACGGUGCUGGAACGCGUAUUGGGUCAAGCAAUGUCGCCUUUCAAGCUAUCAUAGAUGCCAAAGAAACAUUUGCGGGGGGGUUUGACUCAAAGGUUAAGAUUGUAAUUGUCAAAGGAGCCAUACCACGCGCGCACACCAACAUUCUCUUGAAGGCUAGGACCGAGGCUCACAAAAUUAUCAGUCAUCACCUGUCAGAAGAAAACUCGGAGAGGCUGGGGUCGUACGGAGUGUGCUUUGCUGGUCUUCCGGGCACAGGGUCGGGCGAAGUCUGGCGCAAGCUUGGUGGCAAUAGUGAAAACCGGUUCUGCAAGUAUGUGGAACUACCUAUAGACAGUUCAUCCUAUGAUGGGAGUAUGUUGCAAAAGAUACUGCUUGGCGCCGUAGUCUAG